AUGCUCAAGCGCGGCGUCAAGUCGCUCAAGUCCUGCGCCAUCUCGCUCCUUGAACGUGCGUUCUGCUCUCCCGUGCCCCUCCCCCCGCCGAGCGAGCCGUCGACUGACCACCUCUCUCCCCUCCCGCGUCGUCGUGCAGCCCCCAAGAAGGAGGUGAUUGCGUUCCUCGGCCUCCCCGUCUCGCCGACCGACUUCCAGCCGUUCAAGUCGGGCGUCCGACCGGCACGACGCGCCGAGGCGCACCUCAUCGACUGCCUCUCGGGCGACGUCUUUGUCGCCGUGUGCACUUUCCCCUCGGGCGGCGGCAAGCCCGCGCUCGACUCGGUCGACAAGCAGCCCAAGGGCGUCCAGCCCGCCAUCACGAUGGAGGAGCUCGACGAGUCGGAGCAGGUCGUGCGCAACGACCCCGAGGUGAUCCGCCUGUGCGCCGAGGUCGGCGUCGAGCGCGACCAGAUCAUGGUCGACGCGUGGUCGAUCGGGUACGAGCACCGCUUCGGCGACAUUCGCCUCCAGCAGGGCUUCGUGUAUCAGCGCCUCGGCCCGCACGAGCACCUGUACGCGCACCCGCUCGACUGCGUCCUCUCGGGCUCGACCGCCCCGCACACCGUCGAGGGCGACUCGUUCCGCGACAGCGGCCGCCGGCGCAUCCCGCCGCAGCAGCAGCGCAUGGACUACCUCCCCGACCUCAUCAAGGCCGAGAAGGCCAAGCACGGCGAGGAGUGGGACGUCCGUCGCGACCUCAAGGAGCUCACGAUCACGCAGCCCGACGGCGUGUCGUUCCAGAUGAACGGAAACGAGAUCUCGUGGCAGGGCUGGAAGGCGCACAUCGGCUACAACUUCCGCGAGGGCAUCGUCCUGUCGAGCGUCCAGCACUUUGACCGCGACGAGCAGCGGUACCGCCCCGUCUUCUACCGCACCUCGUUCGCCGAGAUGGUCGUCCCGUACGGCGCUCCCGAGUGGCCGCACCCGCGCAAGUUUGCGUUCGACGUCGGCGAGUACGGUCUCGGCAUGAUGGCCAACUCGCUCGAGCUUGGGUGCGACUGCAAGGGCUCGAUCCACUACCUCGACGCCGAGCUGUCGAACCACGCCGGCCAGCCCGUCACGCUCAAGAACGUCGUCUGCAUCCACGAGGAGGACGACGGCUUGCUGUGGAAGCACACCGACUUCCGCCCCGGUGGACGCGCUCACUCGGUCCGCUCCCGCAAGCUCAUCGUCCAGAUGAUCUGCACCGUCGCCAACUACGAGUAUGCUUUCGCCUUCGAGUUCAAGCAGGACGGCUCGUUCGGCUGCAACGUCAAGCUCACCGGCAUCCUCAACACGUACACGGCCGCCGAGAACGAGACGACGCCGUUCGGCGUGCUCGUCGGCCCGGGCGUCCAGGCGCACCACCACCAGCACAUCUUCUCGCUGCGGGUCGACCCGAUGAUCGACGGCGUCAAGAACUCGGUCUACGAGCAGGAGAUCCACCUCGUCGAUGCGCCGACUGGCUCGGCUGAAAACUGGGCGGGCAACGGCUUCUACAACACCAAGCGCGAGCUCAAGACGACGCUCGAGGGCGUGCGCGACGCCGAUGCCGCCAAGUCGCGCAUGUGGAUCUGGGGCAACCCGGCCAAGAAGCACUACUCGUCGGGCGCGCCGGUCGGCUACAAGAUCAUGUGCAAGGACCUCGUCCCGCUCCUCGUCAAGGACGACUCGCUCGUCGCACGCCGGGCGCCGUUCGCCAAGCACCACAUCUGGACCGUCCCGUACACCGACACCAGCCUUUACCCCGCCGGCAAGUUCCCGACCCAGACCAAGCAGGCGCCCGAGGACAGCCUCGAGGGGUGGGUCGCUCGCAACGACAGCAUUUCCGACGUCGAUCUGGUCUCCUUCAUCUCGUUGGGCAUCAGCCACAUCGCUCGGCCUGAAGACUGGCCCGUCAUGCCCUACGAGUCGGUCGACAUCAUGUUCAAGCCCUCCUCCUUCUUCAAGGCCAACCCAUCGCUCGACGUUCCUUCAUCGGUCGACGGCAAGUCGGUCCACGCGCUCGGUGGCGGGAACACGCCCAUGUCGGGGGCCAAGACGGCAGGCAAGGACUGCUGUGGCGGCUCGAAGCUGUAG